AUGGGAGGGGAACAAGCCUUGAAAAUUGCUUCGAUUCUUGGUUAUGAUGGCCAUGUUAGAACAGAUGCAGUUGGAUUUAGUGAGGGGAUAUGGGUUUAUUGGAGGACUGAUAUUGUGACAGUGAGCGCUAUCAUUCAACACAAUCAAUACACUACCAUGGAAAUAUCUCGUGUGGGAACUAUUCCUUGGUACUUCACUGCAGUCUAUGCAAGUCUGGACCCUGCGAAGAGAAGAGAAUUAUGGAAUGAAUUAGAAAAUUUUGCGCAAACUCAUGGAAAACUGUGGCUUAUGGCAGGGGAUUUUAAUGAUACUCGAUUCCUAUCGGAGAGAAACAUCUCUUGCAAUGAAACCAAUAGGAUAUCUGCUAUGUUCAAUGCAUGGAUUGAAGGAAUGGAUUUGCUUGAAGUUGAGUUUUCAGGUGCUGCUCAUACUUGGGCCAAAGGGAAGACUCUAGAAACCAGACAAAGUGGCCGAUUAGACAGAGCUUUGUGCAAUGAUCAGUGGGCGUUGAGAUUCUACAAAGCUGCUAUGAGACGCUUGACUGUAGCUACUUUGGAUCACUACCCCAUAUUUAUCUCACCGAAUGGAUUUGUGCUUAUGGAAUCUGAUCUAUGCAUAGACCCUUUCGAUUUCAAGUAG